AUGAAGUCAGCAAUCAGUUUCGCGGCCCUCAGCAGCUCUCUCGCCUCCGCUCAGUACUUUGGCGUCACAUCCGCACGCUCAGGCUCAGCAAUCCAAUAUCUUCCCAUGAAUGCCGGCAACGAAACAAUCUACCUGGGUGGCCAAGCCUUAGCAUACUGCCCUACCAAUGUCGGGGAACUAGGUGGCUGCCCUGAGAAUCAUGGCCAGACCAACUUCGCGGUCAACAGCAACGCCAGCACUUUGGAGCUGGGUACUGCGGUACCAGGUGGCCAGCAGGUCUACGCCGACCCUCAGACUGGUGCUCUCAAGUAUACUAUCCCCCACUCGGCAGCAAUGUCAGAAGGUGCUGCUGUUGUGGGCUGGUCUGUCGAGUACGGUGGAACGCUUGGUAGACUGAGAUUCGCCUUCGAAUUGCUCGCAUGCCAGGACGGUAACAUUUGGCCUGUCUAUGCUGUUAUACCGAAUGCUACCCUGCCUGAUGGCUGCUUGAGCUUCGAUGCACUGACGGUCAAUCAGACUGAGCCGGCUGCUUGGGAGUUUGAGUAG